UCUGGCUGAUGCUGGCGCUGCCCCGCGCAGCACCGGGCUCCGGCAGGCUGGUAGCGGCGCUCGGGACUCAGGAGGGGCCCCCCGGGCUCCCUUCCCCUUCCCUCCCUCCGCGGCGGGCGGCGCUGGAGGAUUUUCUCCCGCCGCGGCCCCCUCGCUGUCCCCCAGACAUGGUAGGUCACCUCCAGCUGCAAGGGAUGGACGAGAGCCUGAAGGAGAAGAGCCGGGAAGGCUUGCUGGACAGUCCGGACUCGGGGCUGCCCCCCAGCCCCAGCCCCCCCUUCUACUCCCUGUCGCCCGGUGAGGGCCGAGCAGGGGGCAGCGGCGGCGCGGACCCCCCGGCCCCGGGCCACCGGCGAGAGGCCAAGGACGGCAAAGUGAUGCCUUAUCUGCUGCUGAACCCGUCCAUGCCAGAGAUAAGGCCUCGAAUGUACCCGGUGUUUUUUGGAGAAAGCAUUGAGGUCAACCCUGAGCCCGUGCAGGAAAUCAGGUGCAAUUCCGAGGUGAAGUACGACUCGGAGAAGCGCUAUCGGGAUGACAUCAUCUACGGCCCCAUCCCCACCGUCACCACCUACAGCGAGACCGUCAUCGCCGCCCCCAACUGCACCUGGCGCAGCUACAAAUCCCAGCUGACCUUCGAGCCCCGCCAGCGGCCGCUGAGGUUCCAGAGCACCACCAUCAUUUUCCCCAAGCGUGCCAAGAACAUUUACAGGACCACCCUCAACUACAGCUUGGGUUGUGCCAAGCGCUGGUUUGCUUCCAGCGUGCAGCUGGAACUGUGUGAGGAAACCAACCCGUGCGUCAUGUACGGCGAGAGCCUCUGAUCCGCCCGGCCACUGAGUAUUCGCGGCUGGAGAGCAGCUCUGGGCAAGGCUGAACUGGCUGGGAGGAGGCUGGCAGGGCACAGGAUGGUUUUGAUCAGUGAGAGGCUGGCUUGUAUUUUGCGACGUUCCUGACAUUCGUGAUCUGGAUUUUAUUUUUGGGGUUUGUUUUUGUUUUUUACCCCGGGUGUAUCUAUUUUUGGCUUGUGUUUAGAUGAAGUCAAGAUGACAAAGGACCCCGUUACCCGUAGCAGAAUGAUGCCUUAUGAGCUCUGUAGGUCUUGUCUAGCACAUAGGUGAGAGUCACUGUGAGCUUCAGAGCUAUUUUGGUCUCUGCAAAGGCAAGACCAACUGCAGAGUCAGCGUCUGGUCAGCACAGCACACUCCAGGCCGGAUCUCUUUCAGAGCUGACAUGCAGAGGAGGAGGUUAUUUGUACCAGUACAUCACAGCUUGCUCCAACAGCUCAGCUGAGUGAGAGCUGCCCUAUUACAGCACCACAGUCACCCCACUUCCUGAGAGGAGUGGAGACUGUCCCAGGAAAAAGAGGAUUUAAACAGGUCCCCCAGCUCUUGCUAGCAGCUGGAUGUCUGUAUACCAUGGCAAGGCACAGCACAAGCUGGAGAUGGGAGAAGGGCCUGCUCUGAUGCACUGACACAUCUGUGAGCCCAGCCAGGAGUAAGCAGGGAGACUGAGGAAAAUGAACAGCUGAAGGGCAAGUUUCUAAAAAUGACAGAGAGAUUUAGGAGCCCAGUGCCCUUUUAUCAAAAGCAUUGUAAGACCAAGUGUGCCAUGUUGUUCACUGCCUCUGACACCUAAUUUAAGGGAUCUGUAUGCACUUGCAGCCCUUCUGAGUUUCGGGGUGUGGCUGGAUUGCAGGGAGGAGUGUAGAGCAGGAAGAUGCUCCCAGCUUGUUUGAAGCCUCUCAAUAGUUUCCAUAUUUGUGGCAUGGGCAGCUUUUCUGCCUGUAGAGGAGCAGCCAAACUUUCAGUGUAGAGUUUGAAGGAUUGAAGAGCCCAGAUCCAUCCAGGUUUUCCUCAAUCAGCCAGGCUGUAGCACUAAAACCAGGUACUUUGCAAACAGCUGAACUGUCUCUGCAGAAGGACCAAGAAACAGUGAGCAGGACUCAGUGCAGCCAUCCUGAGGUAAAACAUUCCCCACUCAUGAAUCCCAUCUCCUGGUAUAUCUUCACUCUGGUCUCUUGCUGAAAAUCUGCAAGACCCUGGAUUCCCACAAACAUAUAACUUUUGAAAAUAGCAUGGAAUUGUCUCCAAAAAUCUUACCAAGAAUUUUUGCAUGCUGCUCAGACUUAGAAAUAACCAUGCAGCUCCGGAAAUUAAUUUCCAGCUUUCUCUCUUCGAAACUUUCCAUUUUGUUCCUGACUUGCUGUGAGUCUGAUGGAGUUAUUUCAGAACACAGCUGAGCAGCCAAGUCAGAAAGCGUAUUAACAAUGUCAACAAGACAUAGCUGAUUGCCCAGAACAGUUGACGCACAAACCCAGUGAGAUUAAAAAAAAAAAGUCUGAAAAACUUGAAAAAAUAAUGAAAUUAGUAACAUAUAAAGAUACUUUUUCCAUCAGUUUCAAAAAGCAGUUGGUAAAUGUGACCAGAACUGUGACCUUUAUGAAACAGAGUUCUCUUGUUUAAAAUGUAGCACAGUUUUUCCACCAGAGGUAAAUAUAAAGUCUUUAAAUACAAACUUCAGUCCUGACAGCUGAAGCAUCAUUAGUGCUGAAAGAUGUGUGUUAUGGCAGUGCUGAACUCUGCCUCUCUACUGGGAGUUAGGACAUGGUAGGAAGAAACCUCUCAAAGGAUUUCCAAGGCUUCCACCUACUGUUGAAUUCUUUACAGCAACACAAACAAGGAUUGUAUUUGUUAGUGGUCAGAUUCUGCUGUCACUGUCUGUCAGCAUCAAAGCCUGGAAAAGCAGCAUCUGCCUCCAGAGGGAUUAUUAUGCCUGAAGCAACCCUUCUCCCCAGGGCUCCAGCAAGCAGGAGAGCUGGCUUAGCAGCAGGGGGUUGGUGCUUGGAUGAACGUGGUCCCAGUGCAGUGAGGUUGGUGAUGCACUUACUUGCUGGUUCAUCUUGAGGUCUGUCCUGCUGAGUGAGCCUUGGGAGCAGGGGAAAGACCCCUCUGCCUUCUGGGGACACGAGGAGCCUCUGGGGGCUCAGUGCCUGCAUCCCUGGGAGUCUGUGCCAAGGGGCAGGUUUCCAAGCAGUGUGAUCCAGGUCCAGAAGCAAGGCCAGUACUCACACCCAGGAGAUCCCUGCAUGAUGACAGACAGAGUGGGCUGGUGGAGACAGGCUGACCUCAGAGCUAAGACUCUCCCUGUUCUGACCACACAUCAGGCUUUGCUCCUUUUAACAGCUGGAUUAUUCCCCUGCUUUGAGCACAGAGCUGCUGUUCUUGAUCAUGCUGGUCUUUGAGUGGGACAGGUUUUCCCCAGAAAAACCCUUUCAUCAUGACUGCUGCAGGUUUCUGCCCACUCUGUCCACUGUUAGUUCUGUUUCCUGAAUAUCAUCUGCAACAGUAAGAGAGAAUUCAAGGCAAGCCAAGAAAACCUAGUGUGCAAAUACAAAUCCAGCAGAGAGACUGAACCUCAACCUGGACUUUCACCACACAGGGAGAAGGGCUGCUGAGGCAGAGUCUCACAGGUGGAUGUGACCCCUGGGAGGGUGCAGUGGAGGGCUGCAUCCUUGGCACUGGAGGGUCCCACACACCCAGCCCAGGCCUCUUUGAAGCUUCAUGCUUUGUUUUCUCUGCAAAUACACUAGAAGUGACCUAACAUGUUCCUGCUCCUUUGAGUUUAAGCAGCUUUUCAGGUCUUGCCAUUUUAGAGAAAAAAAAAGCAGAUAGAAGGCAGUUGGGUUUCCAGGCUGCUGCACGUUUUGAGCUGUGUAGCCACAGUGGCUAUGGUGGGACUGUCAACCCUGGGCCACAUCCAAACUGAGACAUUGCCAAGUGCCUGAGAUCUGGAGAAAUUUUUGAGAAAUACCUUUGUAUAUGGUAUCGCCCAUGGGUCCAUCACAAGCUGCUUUUGUUCUGAGCAAAAGGGUCUUUGUUUUUCCUGGGGUCAAGGAAACCACAGAGAGUAAAGUCUUCACCCUUGCCUGGGCACACAUCCCAACCUGCCUGCCCACUCCCUGUCCCUGCUGCUCCCAUCCCUGUGGCUGGGUUAGGCAGUGGUAGAAAAGCCAAAGUUCAUCUUACUCAUGACUGGGAAAAGAGAUGGCUUUUUUGUUUUGCUUAAACACCAGAAACUGAAUUGUGUUUUUGUGUUGCCAAUGAAGAAUCACUUUGUGCAGCCAAGAAAUGUCUUAUGCCAUACCUGUAGUCUGUUUGUACAUCUAAAAGGAACAAUUAGUCCCACUAGGGAGGUACUUUUCUUUUCAAGGGAGUGUUGUUAAUCUCAGCCAACAGAUCUUUGUUCCUGUAUGUUUUCUCAAAGAUAAAAGUGAUAAAUUUAGACCAUGGAAAGGUGAGUUUCCUUGAACAGCUGGGACUGUGGCUACAAUAUUUCUCCCCAGGAUCCUGAUGUGCAUGUUGCCCACAGCUCUGCAAGCCUGAUGGGUAAAGUCAGACACUGCCUUUAUCUUUUUGACAAGAGGAAGAUUGCUUUUUCAAUAUGGAAAGUCCUUGUCUCAAAGGGGGGUUCUCUCUUCCCUUCAUCCCUAUGAUUCUUUUGCCCUGGAAUGCAACAGAGCAUGCUCAUGUCUGGUCUGCCUGCAUUGCUGUCAUUGCAUCUGGGGCCAAAAAGAUGAAACCCAUACCAAAUAUUGAACUUUCAGAAGCUGUGGAAUACGUUGCACAAAUGCAGAGAACAACUUUGACCAAAAGUUUACUGCUUGUCUAUUUUCUGCCUUUUUUUUCCCCUUCCUCAGCCAGCUCUACUUUCCUCAAUGUGAAAUAUAGACAGAUUUGCACCCUGGGUGCACGCUUUCUGGGACUGAUGAAAUGGUGUUUGGGUGUUGAUAGCAGUGUUUGAGUGAGCUGCUGGUCAGAGAAGUGAAUGCUGUUUACUAUUUAUGUUGAGUGUGUCUUAAAAAAAAUGGGAAAGGUCACCAGAAGGCUAAUGAGCAAAAAAGACUUUGUAGAGCAAACUGAAGACUAAAGACUGUGUGAGUCUGACAUAGAGGUGAAAGGUUCUGUGUGUGAACACUGUGAGCUAGGAUAUUUAGCCAUUGGGGUUUUAACCUGCCUCUUUUCCUGUAGGAAAAGGCAUCUUUGCCUUUUUUAGAGCUGAAACAAAAUCAGCUCCAUCCUCUGUCACAGUUACUCAGUCCUGCUGAGGUCUGUGAGCAUCAGCAUUCCCCAGGCUCACAAGGAGCUCUCUGUGCAUCAAUCAAACAUGCACAGAGCUGUGCCUCUGUGGAGAUGGGGAAAUGCUUUACAGGGGAUGAUGGAUCUUCUUGUGGGAUAUUCAGAUUUUUAUUGCCAGAUACAGUCUGCUCCCUGAGGAUCACCUGAUCACUCACAAAUUGAUCUGUACUGAACAUCUCCCCUAAAGCUCUAUAACCAUUGGAUUUUAUAAGUCUUGGGAGGCACUGAUUCUUUUUCAGAUACUGUAAUGGCCAUCAAAAUGAGCAAAGUAUCCUAUCAUGAAUUGUGACCUGAGGAUGGGAUUGAAAGGUGUCUGAAGGUUAGAGAAGGAAGAAGAGAACUUAUAAGUGGUGGAAAUGCAUAAGGAUGUGUCAUAUUUUUAUUUUUGUAAGUCUGGUUCUCUAAGUGCUUAUAAAGUACUUUACUGUUGUAUAUGUGGUGAUGCAGUAGCUCACAAUAUCUUUUUAUUUUUGUAUAUUCCUUCCUCCACCAUAAUCCCUUUCUGUUCAACUCAUAGAGAGUAAUUUAAGAAGACAAAAUUUAUAUAUCGUAAUAAAAUGCUCAAACCCUCAUUCUGAUAUA